CAUCAGAGGUUAGACAUUAGCCAUGGCCUUCCAAAUGGGUUUGACCAGUUAGGUUCGGAUGUGAUUCCUUGUGUGACUGGGCUGGUCCCUCCCCAGAGAUUGGCCUCCUCUUCCCCCUCCUCCCCUAUAAAGCCUCUUGGGGUUCCCAAGCACCCAGACUCAGCCGACCCCUGACUUUGGGGGCCAGGAGACAGGCAAGAUGCUCAACUGGAAGCUCCUGGGGAUCCUGGUCCUUUGCCUGUUCUCUGCAGGCAUCUCAGGCAGCGGAGACCAUCCAUCUCCCUCAUCCACAGAGCCCUCAGAGGAGGAGGGCCCCCCAACAUUGCCUCAGGGCCCCCCAAUCCCUGGUGACCCUUGGCCAGGGGUACCCCCUCUCUUUGAGGACCUUCCACCUCCAGGCCCCAGUCGUCCCUGGAGAGACCUGCCUGAAUCUGGAGUCUGGCCUCGUAGAACUGAUCCCUCUCAACCUCCCCGGCCUGAUGACCCCUGGCCAGCAGGACCCCAGCCUCCAGAAAACCCCUAGCCACCUGCCUCUAAGGUGGGCCACGGAUCUCAGGAGGAGCCAGAUCUUGACCCACCCCAGGAGGAGUACAGAUAA